AUGGCAUCAAGGAAGGUGAUGUCAAUAGAACGGUUCGUGCCAGGUGCCCGACAACCCAAUCAGCCCCCGCCUUCCCAAGGCCGGGGUCAAGUGCCUCAGCCCCCACCUUCCUCGCAAGCCGGACGUGCCCGAAAGAAACAAAAAGUUACCGAUCAACCUUCCACGGGCCCGGGAGAUGCCACUGUCCAGACUCCUCCCCGACCAACAGGUGGAAUCGUUAUCCACGAGCCGCCAACCGAAGCUGGCACGGGGGGCGCGUCCUCCUCCCAAGUGGCUCCAGCGUGGAAGCCAAAGUUCCUUUUGGACGGCAAGCCAUUGCCCUCAACCGCCUGUGUUCGGAUGUGGGAGAAGGGCGAGGGCGGCCGUAUUGCCCAAACUUUGGCCGAAGCUCUCCUACUUCCCGAGGACGUGCAUGCUUUUGAGGAGGGGUCCGAGGAGUCUGUGGGGCGCCGGUUAGAGUGGCACGCCAUUGCGGCCGCUCAAAUGGCUCACAUUGUGGCUGCCCGGGCACGGGAGCUUGCCGAGGAAAACAAGCGCGAGAAGGGGGCGCGGGAGUCAGCAGUUAAAACGGCUAAGGAAAAGCUGAAAGCUGCUGAGUCUGCUGAGAAGAAGGCUGCUGCUGCGGAGAAGAACCGGGCAUUGGCCGAAAAGAGGUAUGCGGAGCUCCUGAUCAAGCAGAAUGAGACGGAAGUCAAAUUAGCCGAAGCCAUCAGCCUUAACACUUCCAACGCCAAUGAGAUAGCCGAUCUCAGGGCAGGCUUGGCGGCCGCGGAACAAAAGUGGUAUGACAUAGGUUUUGCUGAUGCCGAAAAUUCCGCAGAGCCGGUGGUGGCUCGGGCUCGGAAUAUGGGUUUCGAGGCCGGGUGGUUUGCCGCUCUCCAGGCAAUGGGAGUUCCUGAAGAUUCGCAGCUGAGAGACCCCGGCCAAAUUCCAUUUCCGAACCCUGUACCUGCCGUCCAGGACGCCCCGGCUGCUAUUGACGAGGAGGAGACGGCCAGUAUGAGGGAGCUGGUUGAGCAAAUCGAUUCUCACGCCGAGCCCAAGGAAAUGGAGGCCACCAGCAUCCCGACUGUGCAGGAGCUUCUCGGUGAGGACCCGCCUUUCCCUCUGACCGUCCAGCAGGAAGUGACACCGCCGACCCAACCUCCCAGCUGAUUUUACUUUUAUUUACUAGCUUAUUUUUAAUUUGUUGGUUUUAUUUGCCUAUGUCACCGAGAUGUGGUGACUGAACAAUUGCCUUAUUUUGCUGGUUUUAUUUGCCUACAUCA